CUGACAGCCUUGCAAGCAAACGAGCCCGCUUUCCUCGUCUACCUCCCCUGCCUCAGCUCCUCCUCUGCUCUGCCUCGCUCCCCGCAGAACACCGAUGAAACCCUAAUCGGCCUCUCCGAUGCACGCGUCCGCGCGCUUCUUCUAUUCCUCCGCCUCAUCCAGGAAGGCCAUUGCUGACGUUUCUGACGCCGUUGCACGGUCGUCCUAUCGGCCUCUCUGUGGGAAGAAGCAUCUGGGUUCUCCCUCUGCUCAGGAUCCACCCAAGGUCCAGAAGAGAUUAACAAAAGAAGAAAGAAGGGACAGGGUAGAGGAAUUUGUUGAGAAUUACAGGGCAUCACAUGAAGGAAAAUUUCCGUCUGCUACAUAUGUUCGUAAGCAGGUUGGAGGGUCCUAUUACGUAUUGUGGGCAUUACUCCAGGAACUGGAGUACAAUUCGAAGCUGAGGAGUGAUGUCAGUGAUGCCUCUUUCAACUCAACCAGAGAUGCCAGGACCAGCUUCGAGGGCAUAAAGGAAGAGACGGAUCUACCCGAAGUCCACAAGAGAAUGACAAGAGAAGAAAGAAUGGCCAGGGUAGAGGAAUUUGUUGAAAAUUUCAGGGCUUCACACGAAGGAAAAUUUCCACAUGCGACAUAUGUUCGUCAGCAGGUUGGAGGGUCCUACUAUACAGUGCUGGCAUUACUCCAGGAAUUGGAGUAUAAUUCAAGACUCAAGAAUGAUGUAAGAAAUGCCUCUUUCAGCUCAGAAAACUUCAAGGAAAAAUACGGGCUCCACAAUAUCGAUCUCUCUCCAAGAGUUGCUGCUACCAACUUUCAGGGUGUAAAUGAAGAAAUGGCUAAAACUUCGGAACCUCUGGAUCUAAAUACUAAGCCACAACUUCCAGAAUGCCAUGGUAAAGCUGGAGCUGCCAAGCCAAAGUUAUCCCCAACAACUUGUUUGGAGGAUAAAAGUGAGCCAAUGGCAUCAGGUCAAACUGAAAACAACAAUGUGGUUAAGGCACAAAACCUCAAGAGCCCUAAGCAUGCGCAUGAAGCAUCGAAGGGGGCAAAUCUGUGGGGCAGCCUGAAAUCCUUUGCUGGUGGACUCAGGAUCUUUUGGAACAAUCUGUAAAUUCAUAUGGUCUGGCUUGCUAGAUGUGAUUACAUAUAGGAUACACAUUGUUUUAUGAUUCUUUUCAUGACCUGAAACACAAUUGUAUAGAUCUCCAGGAGGUCCAUUCCUUCCAUCUUUCAGACGACGCUCCUGUCAGCUAUACAAGUCACCAUAGAAGUUGGAGUACUCUGUUUAUUCACCCCUUCAUCCAGUUUGCCUGUGUCAAAAUUAAAUGGAAAUUUUCCUUUAUCUUUUACAGACUUGAUUGCUCAUGUUGUUUUACAUUCAAAUUUGGAUGCUUUGCUACCCACAUAUUGUGCACAAUGGGUUCAGAA